CGGCCGCCGCCACCCCGAUCUCUGUGCCCGCCGCGGUGGGUGGCAUGAUGGUGCGCGGAAGGCAGCGCGGCCCUGGCCAGCUGAGUCGCGGCGGCGGUGGUAGCGGGCUCCCCAGCGGCAUGCCAGUGCCCCCUGGGCGCGAUGGCUAGCGGCAGCGCCGGGAAACCCACUGGCGAGGCGGCUUCUCCGGCUCCUGGGAGCGCCGUCGGCGGGGCCAGCUCACAGCCACGGAAGAGGCUGGUGUCGAUCUGUGAUCACUGCAAGGGCAAGAUGCAGCUGGUGGCCGACCUGCUGCUGCUGUCUAGUGAGGCGCGGCCGGUGCUCUUCGAAGGCCCCGCCUCCCCUGGCGCCGGCGCCGAGUCCUUCGAGCAGUGCCGGGACACCAUCAUCGCGCGCACCAAGGGGCUGUCCAUCCUCACCCACGACGUGCAGAGCCAGCUCAACAUGGGCCGCUUCGGAGAGGCGGGGGACAGUCUCGUGGAACUGGGUGACCUGGUGGUGUCGCUGACCGAGUGCUCCGCGCACGCGGCCUACCUGGCGGCCGUGGCCACGCCGGGCGCUCAACCUGCACAGCCCGGCCUUGUGGACCGCUACCGUGUGACACGCUGCCGCCACGAGGUGGAGCAGGGCUGUGCCGUGCUUCGAGCCACCCCGCUGGCCGACAUGACCCCACAGCUGCUGCUGGAGGUGUCGCAGGGCCUGUCUCGCAACCUCAAGUUCCUGACGGACGCGUGCGCCCUGGCCAGUGACAAGUCACGGGACCGGUUUUCGCGCGAGCAGUUCAAGCUGGGCGUCAAGUGCAUGAGCACCAGCGCCUCCGCGCUGCUGGCAUGCGUGCGCGAGGUGAAGGCGGCGCCCCAGCGAGCUGGCGCAGGCCGCUGCGCGCUCUUCAGCGGGCCCUUGGUGCAGGCCGUGAGCGCUCUGGUGGGCUUCGCCACUGAGCCUCAAUUCCUGGGUCGCGCAGCGGCCGUGAGCGCCGAAGGCAAGGCGGUGCAGACCGCCAUCCUGGGAGGCGCCAUGAGCGUGGUGUCGGCCUGCGUGCUCUUGACCCAGUGCCUCAGGGAUCUGGCGCAGCACCCCGAUGGGGGCGCCAAGAUGUCGGACCACAGGGAGAGGCUGAGGAACUCAGCCUGCGCCGUGUCUGAAGGCUGCACCCUGCUAUCUCAGGCUUUAAGGGAAAGGUCUUCACCCAGGACUUUACCGCCAGUGAAUUCCAAUUCUGUGAAUUAACACCCCACUCCAUCCCCCCCCCCCCCCAUACCCGUUUUCCACCCCAGGCUAAAGGAAGACACUUACUUCUCCCCUCUCCAUUUAUACCAAAGAAAUCAUAGGUGACCCCCCCUCCCCCCAUGUUAAAUGCUCAAGAGGAAUUUUCCAGAACGCAGGGCCAUGCACACAACUCAACACGUACGCAGAGGGCCCAGGUGUCUACCAGCCCACUGUAGGGACUCAGAUGCAAAAGAUGGGUAGGUGGUCCGCUGGCUGCAGGAUUACCCUUACACACUCCAGCCCCUCAACUCAGUUAACUAAUUGGGCAGGAAAAAGGUCAUGGGUUCAUUUCUUUCUUCUUUUUAAUUAAAAGAAAGGUUACCUCAGUUUUCACUCAUUAGACAUGGAUGUAGCUACCUUUUUGUAUGUCGUUAUUUUUGUUGAAUUAGCGUAUACAUGGUGUGAUAAGAGUAUGACUUUGCCAUGUGAUUUGCAAGUGGGGGGGGGAAAGCUACUGUGAGCGUGUGUUUUAUUUUUUAAUUUACACUAUAGAGUGAUUUUUCCCCCCUCAAUGUCAAGUUUUUACCCUGCAUGUACUGGAGUAUUUAUUUCAUCUAUUAAAUUGUUAUGUUUCUCA